CUUUUCUUUUUCAAAAUGACUGCUCAAGUUGUGAGUUUGCGGUUCUUUGAGAUGCCAAGACAGGAGGCUGUCAAAGCUCUUGAUGUAUACAAGCGAUCUUGUCAGCAGGCUAAUAGCCUUUCUGAUUUCUAUGAAGUUUGCAAAAGAUUGGAACUUGCUAGAAACUUCCAGUUUCCUGUUCUCAGGGAGCCGCCACAAUCUUUUCUCACUACCACGGAUGAGUAUAUUAGAGAGGCACCACGUGUGGUUUCUGUUCCCACUGAACCGUUCGAGCUAUUAACAUACAGACCAGAGGAAGGCCCUUCUGAAGAUACUAGAUUAUCAAAUGAUGAACCUGAGCCAUCUGCUCCUGCUGCUUCUAAUACUGAUGCAGUUCCCAGUGUGGAGCCUGCUGCUGCUGCUGCUCCCCCACCUCAGACCAACAUGGACACUGGAGAUUUAUUAGGAUUAAAUUAUUCUGUGCCCGAUGCCCCAGAAAUUGAGGAAAGUAAUACUUUAGCUCUAGCCAUAAUACCAAAUGAAUCAGGAACUGUUUCGACAGUUAUGUUUACUGCAGGUCAGCCUGUAGAAUUUGAUCCUACUGGAUGGGAACUUGCCCUUGUCAGCACACCAAGUACCGAUAUUUCUGCACCUACUGAUAGGCAAUUGGGUGGUGGAUUAGACUCGCUGACCCUCAACAGUUUAUAUGAUGAAGCAGGAUAUAGAGCUCAGCAGCCUGCAUAUGGACCUCCUGCUCCAAAUCCAUUUGAGGUGCAAGACCCAUUUGUCAUGUCAAAUAACAUUGCUCCCCCUCCAUCUGUGCAAAUUGCAGCAAUGGAUCAACAGCAGAACAAUCCGUUCGGUUCUUACCAUCCUACUUAUCAGCAGCCGCAACAUCCGUCGAAUCCAUUUGGUGAAACAGGGUUUGGGGUGUUCCCGGUGAACCAAGUGGCGGCUGUUGGUCAGUCGCAAGCCAAUAAUCCAUUUGGAAGCACUGGCCUAUAAUAAUGUUGAAUGUGGAGAGUUAAGUUUGUCGACAUCUUUUGUGAUGUUGAAAAGAGCGUAGGUUGUGUUUUACCCACGGGAUGAAUGGCUUUCUGCAGCUAUCUUAUUACAUUCUGUAUGGGUUUGUAAAGUCAGUGAAUUUCUAGAUU